GUCGGCAGUGUAAAGCGGCUGAAUUCAUUGACUUCGACGAGGGUUAAGCUGUUUUUGCCGUCUCCAUGUGUUUUUAGGAUUUAAAAAAUGUGGGGACAGCACUUGCAUUUGAGGUUAAUGUUAAAACCAGCUCUCCAUCUGUGAAGGCACCAUGGAUAACCUGCGUUCACUCUGCUCACCUUUCAAUAUUGAAAACUUUCAACAUGUCUCCGUGUGCUUUCAAAGAACUUUCAACUCAUCUAACGACUCUUAGGAUAUGCUGUGUUGUGCAGAAGUCUCUUGCUCACAUUUGAGAGGGAUUUUCCAGUAACAGUUAGACAUGCGGAGCCAAGGUGUGUCCUGCCUGCUGCUGCUCUUCAUCCAUGUGAGCGCACCGGCGGAGGCGAGGAAAGUACCCGGGGGUAGGGCGCAACACCGGCGGGUGCAGCAGCAGCCCCCGGUGCAGAGGGAGCGUGUGGAGGGGACAGAGAGCUUCCCGUUAGACUUCACCGCCGUGGAGGGCAACAUGGACAACUUCAUGGUGCAGAUAAAGAACUUAGCGCAGUCACUGUACCCGUGCUCUGCGCAGAAGCUGGAUCAAGACAUGAAGUUGAACUUUUUGAAGAAUGAUUCUGUGACUUGCAAUGACGGGUCAGCAGCAGGGUAUUACAUCAAGGAGUCUAAAGGCAGCAAGAGGUGGCUGCUCUUCUUAGAAGGUGGAUGGUACUGUUACAACAGGCAGACCUGUGACAGUAGGUAUGAAACCAUGAGGAGACUGAUGAGCUCCACCAAGUGGCCACAAACCAGAACAGGAACAGGAAUAAUGUCUCCACAGCCAGAGGAAAACCCUCACUGGUGGAACGCCAACAUGGUCUUCAUCCCGUACUGCUCCAGCGAUGUGUGGAGUGGAGCCACACCGAAGACAAAUCAGAGUGAUUAUGCGUUCAUGGGCUCUCUGAUCAUAAAGGAGGUUGUGAACGAGCUGCUGACAUUAGGUCUUGACAACGCCAAGGUGCUGCUACUGGCAGGAAGCAGUGCGGGCGGUACAGGCGUGCUACUGAACGUGGACCGAGUGGCGGAGCAGCUGGAGUCUCUGGGCCACGGGGGGGUGCAGGUCCGGGGCCUAGCUGACUCCGGGUGGUUCCUGGACAACAAACAGUACAAAAUCACGGCCUGCCUGGACACUAUCAGCUGUGCCCCCACCGAGGCCAUAAAGAGAGGCAUCAGGUACUGGGGCGGCUUGGUGCCAGAGAGCUGCAGACAGGCUCAUGUGGGACAGGAGUGGAACUGUUUCUUUGGAUAUAAAGUCUUCCCCACGUUAAAAAGCCCGGUGUUCGUGGUGCAGUGGCUGUUUGACGAGGCCCAGCUGACGGUGGACAACAUCCACCUGACCGGGCAGCCUGUCCACGAGGGCCAGUGGAGGUACAUCCAGAACCUGGGACAGGAGCUGAGGAGCACGCUGCGGGACGUCCCGUAA